CCUCAGAUUUAGUCCCUUUAACAUAUUGGAAAAAUUUUACUCAUUAAUUACUUAGUUGCAAAAUCCUUUAAAAAUGCUCAUAAUCUCUUUCAAAUAAUUUCCUCAAAACUGGAACUUUUCCCAACAUUUUUCAAUACUUAAUUCAUAUAAAUUAAAUAAAUAACCUUUUAAUAAACUUCAUAAAAUCCUCAUAAAUUUUCAAAAAUUCCUUUUUCACUGAACACUCCAAAUUCUGGCGUUAGGUAACUAAUUAUUAAUCAUAAAUCACACUUUGAAUCGCCCCCUUUUCAUAAUAAAACUUAUUAUGAAUAAAUUUCAUGUUACAAAACAAUAAAAAUUUCGGUUGAUCAACAAUCUACAAAGUAAAAUAUAUGCUUUACUUGAUAUAAUUUCUGCCACAUGUAAGUUUUAUUGGUCCUCCCCAUUUCACGGAAGGACUAUUUAGACCAUAUUCCAAACACAAGCGUUUUCCCCUUCUUCUUUUUUGCAGCAUACUGUCCCUUUCUCUUUCCAACAAAAUUUUGCAGCCCACUUUUACAAUCCAGCUACUUAUAGGCUACAACACUAUUUUGUAGCACAAACGGUUAUUGCGCUCCCAAUUUCCCACCGCCAGCUAAUUUAUCGGUCGAAGUUUCAGGACGCCGGCUACCUCGGCAUCUUUUUCCAUGACGGUCCGUUGCUUUGUAGAAAGAAUUCCUAUUGGCGUCCAUUUGAGCUGUCGAUUAAUUCCAAUUAAACAGUCGUUGCCAUGGUGUUCGGUAAAUCUGCAGCUUCGGUGGCGUGUUGGAAGGAAUUAGUAGCUUAUCUACAUUGUUAGUGUUAUCGAUUUCCUGCAAUCUGUGCUCUAUAAUAAUCGGGCCAUUGGAUUCUGUAAUUGUAAAUAGGGUAAUAAUUUAUUCUGUUAUUAGGUAGGGGCAAAACUUUAAUGGGUGAAAAUGUUGAACCUACUCAAUUGUAAGGACCCAUUAGAUUGGUAUGAUUCUGUAGUUCUAUUUGUGUAUAAAUAGCAAGGAUUGAGAAAUUGUAUUGUAUUAGAGGGCGGUUUGAUCAGAAAAAUCUUUUACAGGAAGCGAAAUUGAUAGGUGAUAUUUAACGGUAUGAAACAAUUAAUUACGAUUUCAGCAUACGAGAAAUCCACCCAAAACAAAGAAGAUGGAUUGAAUGAUGAUGAAUAAUAGUUCUUAGUUCCUGAUAACUUUCUAUGUUCUACUUUGUUCCUUCCCUUUAUUGCUGCUCAUUCCAAGCUAGCCGGAGAUUUCAACCCCUUUUGGUUACUCCCAUUGGUAUUAGAACCUUUCUCUAACACCAUUGGCGACGACGCUCUCUUUCCCCAUUGAGGCGAUGCAAGCCAAUUUCAAAGAGAUACAUUGUUCUUAUUUGGAACUCAUGGUGAUGCUCAGUGGAUUGGAAAAAUUAUUUGUCUCCUUCUCCGAAAAGUAUGCCAACGGGCAAUCUUGACCAGGUUCCUUCUAUAGCCUUCAAUGGUAGUUUUUUUAUGACCGAGAUGGCCAUUCAGGUGACAUCGAGCCAGCUAAAUUCUGAAAUGGCUGAUCUAACACAGCUAAGAUAUCAAAGAUUCUAACUAUCCGAAUCGUUGAAAAAGAUCUCAAAAUGUUCAUUGUUUGAUGAUUGUGAUUGUUAACAUUCAAUGAAAAUAAAAAUAUAAUUUUGUAUUAAAUGACAUGUUUAUCCCCAAUAAAUAAAUAAGAAUGGUUGGAUAAAUAUUGAGAAUUUAUUGAUACGAAAAUUUAGUGGGAUAAAUGAUUCAGGCUCAUUUGUAUACUUUUUGCCCCCGGUUUGCUUAGUCGAAGAAUUUUUACUCUAGGAGGUUUGAUUUUACGCCGGGCUGUUCCUUAUUUUGGUGUUUUUCAGGCUUUGGCAGGUGGAACCAACCCCAGAAUCGAAAGUUGGACGAAAGGGUGAAAGAUCAAGUCAAACGGUGGAAACAACAGCAGUUCACGGUCACUAAGAUCGUGAACAGGAGACGUUUGUCCGUUAACAGGGUUAAGUGAUGCGACGCGUUUCAAAGUUGGUUCACGGUCUAGGCUUUCAGUACAUGACCGUGAACUAAGACCGUGAAUUGAGUCCGAUCUGGGUAUAUAAAGGAGGUUGGGCCAAAGGAGAAAGGAGAGAGACAUAGUGUGAGAAACUUCUUCUUCUUCUUCUUCUUCUUCUUCUUCUUCUUCUUCUUCUUCUUCUUCUUCUUCUUCAGAUUUCUAGAGUGAGAAAGUGAUGAACCAAAGAAGAGGAGAAGCUAGGGUUUCAUCUACAAGUAAGGAAUUGGGAAUUCCUCCCCUAAAGGAGGAUUUUUUUCAACACUAGGAGCAAGGCUAGCAUCUCUUUGAUGGUUUCCCUUCUUCUCACUUGUAUUUUCCCUUCUCCUAGCAUGGAGUAGUCUCUUCUCUCACUUGGGUGUUUGUAAACCCUAGCUACAAUUAUGUGAAUGCUUGUAUAGAUUAAAUGAUUUGUGUGUGGUUGUGUUUAAUUUGAAUGUGGAGGUAUUAUUCAUGAAUGAUUGUGUUGUGUGAAAGCCUAUCAUUCUAACCUAUGUAGAGAGAAAAUCCCUACCUUUCUUUGAAAAGGCUUGAAUGUUGGGUUUUCUUAGGCAAUUCAUUGCUUCCUAGUUAGGUUAAUCCAGGGAAAACCUCUUAUUUCGUAUUAUCACCUAGGGUUUGGUUGUGGGUGGCCGUCCGAACUCCGAUUUGAGGGUGAACUCUAACCAAUCCUUAGUCAAUAGGUCGAGAGAGUCACAUUGGUGGCUUGGAUCGUAUCCCCUUUCCUCGACCUAGAGACUAAGAGGGUGGCUUUGGCUACUUGUUAGACUUCCCUAAAGUUUACAACCCCCUCACCACACACGCCUAUUCGAUCCAUCAAGUCGUAAUUGCUAGCUAGGGGGAGCAACACCCGGGUGAAGCCUUCUCAAUUAGUGUCAAAUCCAUUUAUCUUUGCAAGCACUUUAACUUUAGACUAGUGUUUUCACCAAAAACCAACCGCUAGAUAAUGUUACAAACAAUCAAAGUAGGGGUACAUGAACCGGCCUGGGUCAAUAUUUAAACAUACUUGUCCUGCACCCAGUCAAGGUUUAUACUUGGGCCUUAAUGUAGAGUUUUAAAGUGGUGCAUUCGGGUUGAGUCAGGUUUUUGGCGCCGUUGCCGGGGAUCCAACGGUUCAUUAUUUUGAAAAGAUUGUUUGGUUUAAUCUUGCUCGUAAUUUUCGUUUUUGUGUGCAAAUCUUGUUUGUGCUAGAAGUGUUGUGGUUCUUUUGAGUGUGUGCAGGAAGGUGUAUGACCUGGAGUAAUCCGACACCUUUGGAGGCCAAUCAACCCGUUCAAGGAGCGGUCGCGGAGGAGCAACCGAGGACCAUGGGCUAUUACAUGGCUCUAAGGCUGGCGGAUAUUCAACCCGCCAUUUGACAUCCACUCGUGGCUGCCAAUUUUUUUGAGAUUAAGCCCGGCCUUGUCACCAUGAUUCAAAACAAUGCCCUAUUCUAUGGGCUUAGCAACGAGUCUCCAAGAGAGCAUGUUCAAAAGUUCAUUGAGCUUGCAGGGAGUUUGAAGAUCAAUGGUGUCCCCGAGGAUAUUCAAACACGUUUAUCCACAUAUCAUUACUAUUUUGCAUUGGAAAAUUUCAAUUUUGAAUGACUAAUCAUAUAGCAAGUAGUAAGCAUAUCAUGGUAAAGCUUCUCAACACAUUCCCACCCCACACUUUAAAAUGGACAUUGUCCUCAAUAGACUAAAAGAUAUUGAGUCGUGGUAAGGUUGAAAUGAUUUACCUUUAUUGUCGUUCUAAAUCUGAAUACAUAACAACUACUUCUCCAUCAUUGCAUAAGAAGCCUCAAAAUGUUCAAAUCAAAAUAAAAAGGGACAAUAGCUUCCUCAAAGUCUUGAUACUCCAAGUUGUUGGGUCCUCCGGGCCCACUGUCGGGAAAGAGAGGGUGGAAAUUCUUGCCAAAGUCCUCCAUCCACGAACGACCCCACUGCUGCUCUGUCUCUAUUGUCUAGUUCCAAGCUUGAGUCUCCUCAAGCUCUAUAUGUCUCUCUUGCUCAAAGGCAAUGUUUUUCGUUCAUGGUAUGAUAUGCUAUCAAGUUAUCCACCUGCCUCUUCACGACUGCUCUCAAAGUUGCAAUCUCAACUCCAUAGCUUCCAUGUUGUGGUCCUCCUGCCCACUAUCUGGAAAGAGUGUGGAACUUCUUGCCAAAGUCCUCCAUCCACUAAUGGCCCCACUGCUGCUUUGCAUUGAAUCUCCUCAAGCUCUAUUUGUCUCUCCUGCUCAAAUGUAGUGUUUCUCGUUCAUGGCAUGGUAUGCUAGCAAGUUCUCCACCCGCCUCUGCACGACUGCUCUCAAAGUUGCAAUCUCAGCUCCAUAGCUUCCAUGUUGUGGUGGUGGAGGGUCGCAAGCUCCAUAGCCUUGCUAUUUGUGUAUCCUCUCUAAGUGCACUGUUGGUCGUCCCAUCUUUGUCCAUGCUAAGUAGCAUGUGAAAUCAUUCCCGGAGAGGUCUACACCUUUGCUUGUCAUCCUCUGUACUCCAAAAAUAAAAGAUGGUGGCAUGUGAAUUAGUCUUUGCCUCGCCAAAACAUCCCAAUGAGAAAAUUCAUACUCCUCUUUGUGAUCGUCGGUGUGCUGGGCUAUAGUAAGUAUUGCCACCUCCUGGAAGUCCUUUUGGAGAAGUAAUAGUGGUGUACCCCAGAAGGUUGUUCACUACCAACCAUGUUAGAUGAAGCCACCAGUUGUUUAGAAGGGUAUGAUAAAUAAUCAUAUCACUGGUGGUCACCUUCCCAGCAUCUCCUCUAUGCCUCAUAUGAAACCUGGUUCAGCCGACGUAGUGCACGAUCCUGAGAAAUGGAAGAUGAAUAGAGGUUGGGGGUGAAUAUCGAACAACAAACCUAGCCUCCUAGCUCCUCUUAAUCUUCUUUCAUAGGUCCCAGAAGGGAAGUCUUAUUGCUAGCAGCUCCUUCUAUCAAAGAGCAAAAAAGGGCAUUCGAUAAGAUUGUUUCAUGUUCUGAUGGCUUCCAAUAAGCUACAAGGAUAGCAUCAGAGAGUGGCUCUAACGUAUGAUAGACAUGAAUCCCUAGCUUUCUGAUGAAGCCGUCAUAACUGUUAUAUGUCCCGAGAAAUCUAUAUGUGAUGUAGGUCUGGCUCGAAGUCCCUAAUGUGUAAGGGUGGGCAACCAGUUCGGUAAAUCUAAACCGAACUGAACAGAAACCUAAUUAAACCGAACCAAAACCAAAAUAAUGCUAUUCGGUUCGAAAUUCGGAAGAAAAAUAUCGAUAUUUCGGAAACUAGGGAUCUUUCAACCGAACCGAAUUUUCGAAGUUCCGACCGAAAAAACCGAAUUAGUACAAUUGCAAGCUCCAAAUGGUGGAUUUUUAUGUUUGUAGUUGUUUUGAGAAUUAAAUAUAUGAAACAUGUUAGUGUUUUAUGACUUAUGUGUUGAAAGGUUUGAUUUUAUCAUUGAUGAUGCAUAUAAUUACAUAUUUAUUGUUUACAUUAGGAGUGAAAAAUAAUUUAAAAGAGAAAAGAUACAAAGUUCCGACGGAAAAACCGAAUUAGUAUAAUUGCAAGCUCCAAAUGGUGGAUUUUUAAGUUUGUAGUUGUUUUGAGAAUUAAAUAUUUGAAACAUGUUAGUGUUUUAUGACUUAUGUGUUGAAAGGUUUGAUUUUAUCAUUGAUGAUGCAUAUAAUUGCAUAUUUAUUGUUUACAUUAGGAGUGAAAAAUAAUUUAAAAGAGAAAAGAUACAAAGUUCCGACCGAAAAACCGAAUUAGUAUAAUUGCAAGCUCCAAAUGGUGAAUUUUUAAGUUUGUAGUUGUUUUGAGAAUUAAAUAUUUGAAACAUGUUAGUGUUUUAUGACUUAUGUGUUGAAAGGUUUAAUUUUAUCAUUGAUGAUGCAUAUAAUUGCAUAUUUAUUGUUUACAUUAGGAGUGAAAAUUAAUUUAAAAGAGAAAAGAUACAAAGUUCCGACCGAAAAACCGAAUUAGUAUAAUUGCAAGCUCCAAAUGGUGGAUUUUUAAGUUUGUAGUUGUUUUGAGAAUUAAAUAUUUGAAACAUGUUAGUGUUUUAGACUUAUGUGUUGAAAGGUUUGAUUUUAUCAUUGACGAUGCAUAUAAUUGUAUAUUUAUUGUUUACAUUUGGAGUGAAAAAUAAUUUAAAAGAGAAAAGAUACAAAGUUCCGACCGAAAAACCGAAUUAGUAUAAUUGCAAGCUCCAAAUGGUGGAUUUUUAAGUUUGUAGUUGUUUUGAGAAUUAAAUAUUUGAAACAUGUUAGUGUUUUAUCACUUAUGUGUUGAAAGGUUUAAUUUUAUCAUUGAUGAUGCAUAUAAUUGCAUAUUUAUUGUUUACAUUAGGAGUGAAAAUUAAUUUAAAAGAGAAAAGAUACAAAGUUCCGACCGAAAAACCGAAUUAGUAUAAUUGCAAGCUCCAAAUGGUGGAUUUUUAAGUUUGUAGUUGUUUUGAGAAUUAAAUAUUUGAAACAUGUUAGUGUUUUAGACUUAUGCGUUGAAAGGUUUGAUUUUAUCAUUGACGAUGCAUAUAAUUGCAUAUUUAUUGUUUACAUUUGGAGUGAAAAAUAAUUUAAAAGAGAAAAGAUACAAAGUUCCGACCGAAAAACCGAAUUAGUAUAAUUGCAAGCUCCAAAUGGUGGAUUUUUAAGUUUGUAGUUGUUUUGAGAAUUAAAUAUUUGAAACAUGUUAGUGUUUUAUGACUUAUGUGUUGAAAUGUUUGAUUUUAUCAUUGAUGAUGCAUAUAAUUGCAUAUUUAUUGUUUACAUUAGGAGUGAAAAAUAAUUUAAAAGAGAAAAGAUACAAAGCACUCUUACAAAUUCGGUUUUGUUUGAAAUUUCGAACCGAACCGAAUUAUAAUUCAUUUUAGACUGACCGAACCGAAUUAUAAUUCGGUUGAAAUUCGAUUUGAAGUUUGGUGAAAUUCAAAUACCCGGUAUUCAUAAUUUCGAUUCAAUCGAAACCAAACCUGUCGAAUGCGCACCUCGUAUGAAACACAUUUAUAAUUGAAUUAAAUCAAAAUCUCACCUAAUAUACUCUUAAUUUAAUAACUAAAUUAGCAUACCGAUUGUCUUAUUUUCUUUUUACCUCGUGGACCCUACCGCUCUUGCAGUCUCAUCUUUAUAUCUUAUUCCUGAAGGAAGAAAAACGAUCUACCAAAACUACCCUUUGCUCCCCUUCUCUAAUCACAUUAACUCCCUCCUGAGUCCUCACUGCCCCAUCCACCGUGUCUAGUACAAUACCAUGUAACAGAAGUACACUGUGAUGUACAUAUUUCAACCAUUUGUAUAAUGACCAGCUUGCCCACACACCACCAUCAACGUUCGUUCCUUUUCCUCUCCUCGCGCUCUGGGCUGACUCGUCAAAUCGCAUCCCACAACCACCCUUGCGUGUAACACUUUCCACAACCCCACCUCACGCAAAAAGCUCACCCUUUUUAUCAUUUCACCUCCGUGGACCCCUGCUCCGACAUGAAAUGACUAAUCUGUCCCCACUUCUCUCCUCGGAUUAGUUUCUUCCUUCCCGUCAAACAACGCAUUUGCGACUGCAAAUUUACCCACCAUGGAGAUUUUAUGUCAUUUACUACGGGGUAAAACUGGGAAGCGCUCUCUUAUCGUUUUUCACCCAUAAAUCCAAAACGUGUCGUCGUGUCGAACACAUAACGGGACGGGCAAGGGCUCCUCUCUGCUCGACACGAGUCCAGAUUUACAUCCCUCUCGCCACGUAGGACCCAACACGUGGCUUUCGUGUCCCUGUCAGCUCUCCCCCUCUCUUCCCGUUCCCGUUCUCUUUAAAAUCCCCACCCCACGCCAACCGUUCCUCUUCUUCGCUUUAUCGCCUUCCCUUAAAAAGAAAACUAAAUUAAAAAAGCCUAAAGAAAUCCCCACACGAUCACUCAGUUCCUCCCGUCCUUUCCUUCACGGUCUCUCAACUUUUUCCCUUUUUUUUUUUUAUUUCCUUCAAAAAUUGUACUGUGUUUUUGUCCUGUUCUCGUCGCCGGAGAUUCGAUGCUCGUGGCCGGAGAUAAUGGAUGCCCCCGCAAUCGAUUUAUCUCCCAGUAGCCACAGUGAAAGCGUGACGCAACCGUGUUUAAUUACGGUGACUUGCUAGUUUCUAGAGAAAACCCUAAGCAAAAGCGAAUUUUUUUUAAAGCUUAGCAGAGUUUAGAAGUUAUUCUCUGCUCUGUCUUGCGAAUCAGAGGCAAGCAAAAGAAGAGAAGAAAAGAAAAGGAGAGAGAGAAAAAAAAUCUAUAUAAUGGUGAGGGAGAUGGGAAGCUUCUAGUUCUAGGCUAAAAUGGCCAUGUCUUCUGUUUCGAACUUGAGAGGAGUCCUGAAUUCCGGUAAACGCAUUUAGCCUUUGCGGCGGAAAUCCAGUAAGCGGAUUCCAUUAUCUUCGCCCUCGCCUGUGGCAAAUUUUGUUGUUAUUGACCGAGGUCCUGGAGUUUGAUUUUUUUUUUGUUUGGAUUUUCUUCAGACGAUUGCGGUUACUCGUAUCUUGCUUUGUUGAUUUUUUUUUUUUUUUUUGUACCGAGGGCCAAGUAUCUGAAUAGGAAUUUUGAGUUUUUGGUGGUUGUAUAGGUAAUCCAGUGGUUUAGGUUAGAUGGUUGAUUUGUAAUAAUGGCGAUGAACAGAGUUGUUGAGGGAGUGUGGAAGUGGUAAUUGCGUGAUCGAUUGAUUACUUUUCCGAGCGCCGAUCAUGCCUCUGACUAUGAAGAUUCAGCCGAUCGACUCACACGCUCCCGAGGAGCGCGCUCGAGUGGAGGCAGUGAAGCCGGUGGUGAAAUCAAGACUGAAGCGGCUGUUCGAGCGGCAGUUCUUGCGGAGCUCCGCCGCCGAGAAAGUCGUCGAGGAACCGCAUUCCAACGGUGAGCUUGAGCCGAGCUCCCUGUGCUUAGCCAACAUGGUGCAGAGCUUUAUCGAGGACAACAACGAGAAGCAGCAGUCAGUCAAGUGUGGCCGCAACCGCUGUAACUGCUUCAACGGCAACUGCGACGAUAGCUCAGAAGAUGAAUUUGACUAUUUUGAAAGCGGAGGCGAAUGGAACCACGCUUCCUGCGUCGUCGGCGACGCGUGUGAAGUUCUGAAGAGUUUGGUGCCUUGUGCAAGCGUGGCAGAGAGGAAUCUACUGGCGGACACCGCUAAGAUCGUUGAUAAGAACAAGAUUGGCAAACGUAAUGACGAAUUUUGCAGGAAGAUUGUAACUGAUGGUUUGACAGCUCUGGGUUACGACGCUUCUAUUUGCAAGUCUCGAUGGGAGAAAUCUGUGUCGCACCCCGCUGGGGAAUACGAAUACAUAGAUGUUGUGAUGAUUCCAGGGGCCGAGAGGUUUCUAAUCGACAUUGAUUUCCGCUCGGAAUUUGAGAUUGCUCGGCCGACAAAGGCCUACAAGUUGGUCCUCCAGACGCUGCCAUACAUCUUCGUUGGGAAUUCUGAUCGCCUUCAGAAGAUUGUGGGGGUUGUAUCUGAGGCAGCCAAGCAGAGCAUGAAGAAGAAGGGAAUGCACAUUCCGCCAUGGAGGAAAGUGGAGUACUUCAAAGCGAAAUGGCUCUCUCCUUACACUAGAACGACGCCAUCACCUGCUGAACAUGAAUCACAUGCUCAGCAUCAGAAGAAGCAACUUCUGGUUCCAGACAUUAGUAGUAAGUUUGAAGUGGCUUCUGAAGAGCAGGACCAGGGGGCAACUGAGGCUCCGGAGCUGGCUCCGGCUUCCACUCUGAAGAGUGAUGAGCAGGAACAAGAGAAGGCCGAAUCAGUUUUAGUUUCGACUCCGAAAAGUCAUGACCAAGAAGAAGCACAAGAGCUGGUGACAACCAUGGUGGUUGCGAAGUGGAAUCCACCUGAGACCCUGCCCAAAAGUUCUUCUCCGAGGAGGGCCAAGGUCGUUGCCGGUUUGGCUUCCGUCAUUGCGGACUAGCCGGAGAAAUUUUGAUCUUUGUGUUUUUCCCUUGCACCUUUUUCGUUUGUUUGUUUGUUUUGUGUCCAGAAGACUCCAGAGUUUCCCACUUAGUUAUUCUGGAGACCGGAGUAGUAACUAGUAUGAUAUAACUGAUCAAAUCCCCUUCUGCUUUUUUGUGUAAGGGUCUGAUUUUACUAAUAUCAAUAAGACUACGACUAUUACUACUACUGAGCAUGGGAGAAGUCUGUAUGUUACAUUCUCUGCACAAUCAUAGAGACUCCAUCUGCUGUUCAUGUGCUGUAUAUGCAGUCCUCAUUUUCUUUCUACAUUGAUCUUUGCAAUGUAGUGAUGUCUGUGUGGUCCUUAAUCCAGGCAAUGACUGGAAAUGCAUUGGAUUCACUGACUGCCAUUUUCUUCUUGUUUUGGUGAGAGGGGGUCCAUCCUCUGGAGGAGGAACAACUUUGUUGUAACAUCUCUAUCGUGCUUAGUAACUACUGCUCUAUCUAAAUGUUCAUCAUGGUACUGAAAGGGAAUAACCAUUGGCUUGUCUUGUUGCUUCGUGUUUCUUUUGUUUAUUGUUGUAUGCAGGUGUUAUGAUUUACCUCACACAUACGGAGUUAUCGACCAGACUUGAGAAGAGCAGAGUGACGCCCUACCAUACACACUUAUUUUGAUCUCAUUCGAAGGCAGAAUCGUGGGGAGUAAGAGUCCAGCAACAAGGUCAGCUUUCCGGCGAGUUGGGUUCUUGUGGUUCGAGCAUGUAGAGUCGUUGAAUGCGCUUGUUUAUGGAGCUUGAUCGAGUAAUAGCCCCUGCUGCAUGUAGUCCUCAAAGCCUGGUAGUAUGUUCGUUCCAUUUCCUUGGUCUAAUAGAAGUUAGUUGUGAGAUUUAAUGAAAUCGAAUAUCUUGGUUGCAGAGUGUUGAGGAACAGUUCUUCUCCCUCUUUGCCGUAUUCGAGAGGGAAGCAGAGACAGAUGAAUCAAACACCGUGCACUGAAAGAUAAGUAUUGAAAGCUGUUGGCAGAUUGAAUGGAAGGGGCAGCGAGAUUUGGCUUUAUGAUGGUCUCGGUAUUCCAGAAAUGGGGAAAUAAAUAUUUUGGCGUUUGCUUGUGGCAGAGGCAAAGUUGAAUGGAUGGAGCCAAAGUUAGUUGGGAGAAAGCAAAGCAAAGCAAAGAGAGAGAUGCAGCGACUCGAGGUUUCAUUGAUGCCUCCAAUGGAAGCAGCAGCUCUCUCACCCUGAAAUGGAUGUCAUCAUUUGGCAGGUUUUGGUGAUCAACCGUCAGCAAGCAAAAUGUGGAAGGUAACCUAAUUUGGUUUCUCGAAAAUUAAAGAUGGGGGGGCUUUGGUUGACGAGCAUUUCAUUGAAACAGAUGUCUCAUCUGAUGCGUCUAAUUUGUGGCUUUUUAUUUUUGAUUGAUUGCUUUAGCAUUAGGUAAAGCAUCUAUAUCAUGUCAACCCUGAUAUGGGGUAAACUCCCAGGUUAAAUUUGUUCGUUUAAUAAACACGUACAAACGUGCUAAAUGAUCGUUGGGCUCGCGUAUUGGACAUUUUGCGCGCGGUCAAAGAACAAAUCACGAUGAACAUUUUGUAAAUAAAAUGUCAUCGUGCUCGUUCGAUUGCAAAGUGUCUAAUACGCGAUCCGACGGUUCGAAAGCACGUUUUCACCCACCGUGGUAGUGGAAAUGAAACAGGCAGGCAGGGAGCCCGUGUGUUGUCCCAUUUUUACCGUGGGAUGAGGGUGGUGGUGGAGCGUUUUCUUGGAGUUUUGUCGGUUUGUGGCAGGGAGUAGGGUCCCGAGAGAAUCUUGGGAGUUGAACCCAGGUAAGGCUUGGCUUUUUUAUUUUUUAUAUAUUGCUUUGCGCAGAGUUGGUUUGACGUUUCCUAGAUCAAUCAUUGCAUUUCGUAAAUUUCUGUGUAGUACUCGUACUGUCACAAGAAAGAAAGAGAAGAUAGAUGCUCUGCUAUUUCUUAAUAAUAAUGGCUUCCCCGUUUAAAAAAAAUUAGACAAGUAAGCGGAGGGUGGGUGGGGUUAAGAGUUGGACAUCCAUCUAAUCUGUAGACGGAUAUAGGGGUCCCCAACCCCCUUUGGCAUUUGGAUGAGUAAAUGCAUUUUACUCCCGUGAAAGCAACAUUUUACCUACUCCUGCAACGGCCCUCCCUCCCACACAAAAAAAAAAAAAAAACUACACCGUUGGUCCUUGCAAUCAACCUCAUCAUCAAUUGUACAAAGUUAAAAGACAAUUCAAUUUAUAACAUAUGAGGUGUAGUCCACGAGUGUUACGGUCGUCGUCUUUUGUGCAUUGUUCUUAUAAACGGUGUCACGGUGAUCGAUCCAACGGGGUCGAAUGCCGUCGCAUUUAGUCGAAUAGUGGGUGUUCAUCAAGCAAGCAAGUAGCUUUGUUGUUAAUGAUGUCCUCUUUUUCAUUGGGGGAGCAUGUUUUGAAUUUGAGCCAUAUGUAUAGAAGUAGUAGUAGGCAUUAGUGUUGGGGGAAAUGGUGUGCGGACCCACCACAUGUGCGAUGUAUAUCCUUUCUUUAUCUGCAAGACCGAAACGUUAAAUCCUGUGGUUUACUUUAGGGGGCACGUGGGGCGAGCCAAAAUUGUGGUCUUGAGAAAUAACUGGAAAUGGUGUUGGAUAUUGCAACGUGGGUGGUUAAGACUUCAGAGGCCGUGCUUCUCUGCGCUUCUGCAAGACUUGCCUUGUUCAUCCACCGCAAUGGGGUUUUGAGUUCAGUUUGUUACUUUGUUAGGCAAAGGUUUAAAGUAAACGUACGCCGUAUUGCCCAAAACGGGACUAGAGGGCCAAAAAAUAUAACCGCAGCUUUCCCUGCCAAACUUGUAUUGCUAACACUCUACCUGGAUCACAUUCACAUCACAUUAGGGAUGGUUAUUUGGUCCGGACUUUUAAUUUUACCUGAAAUCAGACCGUAUAAUCUGAACCGAGAUCGGACCGAGACCAGAUAGCAAAAAUUCUAAUUCAAUUUUCGGGUCUAGAUUUGAGGUAAAAAAUCGUUCGGAACUGGACCGAAAACCGGAUAAAGUCCGGAUAAGAGAGACCAACCCCUAAAAUUUGAGCUCCUCACCCUUUCAGGCCCCAGGCCACUCAAAUUUCCCCUGAGGCCAUUUAAAUCCACACAAGCUCAAUCUAAAAUCAAAAUCCAAUUGAGACCGGACCGUUUCAAGCCCAGACUGUAUCCAAUAAAAAUUUUUGGUCCUUAUAUUCUCGAAAAGAUAAGACCUGAAUCGAAUCAAUUUGGGUCAAUUUAACCGGAUCGGACAGUAUAACCACCCCUUCAUCACAUACACUACGAUACAGUAACAUUAUGUUUACUUAUCAGAUGUUUAUAUUCGGAUACACUAACACGCGGCCAGUAGAAUCAACUUGCAAAUAGUGGGAAUGACAUAUCCUUGGGGUACUAUGUUUCGAACGGUGUAGCUGCGGCUUUAACCUACUUGCCUUGCCUAUGUAUGAUUAUUUUUCAUUCUCGAUGGCAGUAAAAUCCAGAAAUUUUCUAGGUAGUUAGUAAUGUGUACUGUAAAUUUGCAAUGCUAUCGUCUUUCCUUUUGGCACAUAGAAUGGUAGUUUUUUUUUUUUACUUUAUCAUUCUUGUGCUUUCUUUUUUCCCUUUUACAGGACGAUGAAACAUGUGCGGGAAUGCACAAGAAAUAUAAGACUACCAGUAAAGUAGAGCGGCCUAGGGGAUGGACGAAAACAUAUAAUUAUAUAAAGAAAGGGUAAAUGUUAAGUAGAUGCUUUAACAUCUGCUAAGUAAAGAUUGCUUGUUUGGGAUAAUGUGGUCCAGUGGAAAAGCUUGUACUCAUUCCCGCAAAGUCAAUAAUGUCCCAUACUCGCAAGUUAACCUAAAUUGUCAAGAAACAUGACUUCAUCUAGACCAUGGUUGUCACGCCGGUCGGCGUGCCACUGGUUGAAUCUGGUUCAACCUGUACCGGUCAUAAAACUGGUAUGACACCACAAGUAUAAUCGAUAUACGAAUCUCUAAGUAAAAUGAUCUUAUAUUAGUGAAUUUAUUUGAUAAAAAGUAAUUUAUUAUUUAUUUUAUGUGUUAAAAAGUUAAAUGUUGAUGUUAUUUGUUGGAUUCAAGUACAAAUAUUUUGAUAUUGACGUUAAAUGCCGUGCUUAAAUAUGAGUAUUUGUAAAUUAUUUGUAAUAUUAACCGGCAUGAACCGGCACAAACCGGCAUGUACCACCGGUCGAACCAUUCCACUUGCUAAACCGGCACACUGACACAAACCGGUUUGACAACCUUGAUCUGGACGCUUCUCAUGUGCUUGGGGCCCGUGGUUUAGAUUUGGAUAGGAACCUUUUGAUCCAUCAACAUAAUUGGCGUAGCUGGGCAAUUGCUCAAUUCUAGAAUUGAAGAAUUAUAAGGAUGCCAAUUAUUAGGUCGUGAUAAUCUACUCAUGGAUCCUUGUAAACAAUGAAAUCUACUCAUGGAUGCAAAAUCACGAUAACACAAUGUGGUCCUAUACGUGGGUAAGUGUAGCAAUCUUGAAAAGAAAAGAAAAAAAAAAGGGGGUGCUUCUCGUGAGAAAUUGUCAUAAGGAGGGUACCGGUGAUACUCAACCUCACAAAUCUGAGUCCAAUUGAGGUUAUUCAUUGUCGAUAAAGAAUUAAUGAACUAAAAUCUCAAUUUGUAGUGUGUCCCAAUCUAUUGUCCUAAAGAUAUGAGAAGAGAUAUCCAACCUUAUAGAUUUAAGGGGGCUGAUUUUACUAUUCAAAAGCUCAACUUAUUGCAGGCAUGUGACCAAGUCCAACAAUGAAAUUUGACCAUUUUUAUCCUUUUCAAAUUAUGAAAUAUGCAUAUGGGGGGUGCUCUGGUCGACAAAGCUUUUUUGUAAAGAAAAUUUCUAAGUUAAG